AUGUCGAGUUUUAAAACAAUUACGGAACGACCCCAGGCAAGUAGGAUAGAUCGUCCAAAAUCUUGUGCUGAAGAAAUUUCAGUCAGUCCCAUGGAUUCUGGGGGGGACAAAAAACCGACAAGCAAAUCAAGUAGAAACACUAAGAUCUUUAAAAUCAUAACCUACAAUGUAAGAACAUUAUCGUCAAGUAGUAAACUUCUAGAAAUGGAAGAGGAGAUUAAGGACAUAAGCUGGGAUAUAAUCGGUUUAUGUGAAACAAGAAGAAAAGAAGAACAACUUCUUAAAUUGAAGUCCGGACAUCUCUUUUAUCAAAAUGAAAAUCCCAACAGCCCUGACGGUGGUAUAGGAUUCUUAAUAAACAAACGACUUGAAAAAUCAAUAGUCACUCUAAAGACUAUAUCAGACAGAGUGGCAUAUAUAACACUUUCCAUAAGUAAAAGGUAUGAAAUUAAAAUUAUUCAAGUUCCACUCUCAAGCAACACAAAAUAA